GUCCUAUAUUCAUUGUACUGGAAUAUAUGGUUUUUGGUAACCUCCAAACUUAUCUUCGUGAACGGCAAACAAAUGUAGGAAAUACAUAUGCUAAUCUAAGAGAACGUGUGUCCACUUUAUCUCAACACAAUUGUGUUGGUUUUUCACAUCAGAUAUCUCUUGCAAUGGACUUCAUUGAAGAAAAAGGUUGUGUUCAUCGAGACUUGGCUGCUCGCAAUGUACUAUUGAAUGAAAAGCUAGUAUGCAAAUUAUCUGGAUUUGGAUUGGCAACCGAUGUCCUGGAUCAACGAGAAUAUGAGAGAAGGACUCAGGGACGCUUACCCGUACGCUGGAUGGCACCAGAGUCUAUAUUAGACGGAGUGUAUACAAGCAAAAGCGAUGUUUGGUCAUACGGUAUUGUUUUGUGGGAGAUAACAACACUAGAUAUUCUACUAUGGAGAAAUGUUGGGCAGAAUAAUCCCGAAAUGAGACCGUCAUUUCAGCAAUUGGCGAAGACAUUGCAAGCAAUAUUAGAUAUUGACAAGAUGACAGAUGAAAUACAUAUCUAUGCAGAGCCAAAGAUGUGA